GUUUUCAUUUGCAAAAACAUACUAACCACUCCAUUACAAAGCUCCCAAAAAAAGAAGAUAAACACACAUACACACACACACACAAACUGUGUGUUUUGUGUGUGCAAGAUUAUAUAUAAUAUAUUCUUGCUUGAACUUUAUCUUUGAAGUUUGAACUUUAAACCCCACAAAACAAAAACAUGUUGCACACAAAAUCAGAGUCUGAUAUCACCAGUUUAGCCCCAUCUUCACCAUCAAGAUCACAAAAAGGGUUGGUUUACUAUGUGCAAAGCCCAUCAAGAGACUCUCAAGAUGGUGAUAAAUCAAGUUCAAUACAAGCUACACCUAACUACAGGAGUCCUAUGGAGUCUCCUUCACACCCUUCUAUGGGUAGGCACUCCAGGAACUCAUCAUCCAGUCGGUUUUCGGGGAUUUUUCGGUCGCAUUCCGGCAGGAAACUUCACCGGAAAAGGAAUGAUAAGGGUUGGCCGGAGUGUAAUGUGAUAGUGGAAGAAGGAAAGUAUGAGGGGUAUGAUGAUGAAAAGAGGCUUACUAGAAGAUUGCAGGCUUUAUUGGCUCUUUUCAGUUUUAUUGUGUUGUUCACUAUUUUGUGCUUGAUUAUAUGGGGUGCAGCUAGACCUUAUAAAGCUGAGAUCACUGUUAAGAGUUUGGCUGUGAAUAACCUCUACAUCGGGCAGGGUUCGGACUCUUCUGGGGUCAUAACCAAGUUGCUGACCCUCAAUGGUUCAUUGCACCUCGGUGUUCAUAACCCAGCUACAUUCUUUGGCAUCCAUGUUAGCUCCACCCCAGUGAACCUAGUCUAUUCAGAGAUUGUGAUUGCAACCGGACAGUUAAAGAAGUAUUAUCAACAAAGAAAGAGUAGAAGGACGGCCAUUGUGAACUUUGAAGCAUCAAAAGUACCCUUGUAUGGUGCGGGUUCUAGCCUAGUUGUCGCCGAUAAUGGAGUUUUUGAAAUUCCAUUGAGGUUAGAGUUCGAGAUCCGAUCAAAAGGAGAAGUUGUUGGUAAACUAGUGACCACAAAGCAUCGGAGGCAAAUUUCUUGCAACAUGACAUUGCCGUCGAACACAAUCAAACCAAUCAGGUUUAGAAAGAGUUCUUGCAUCUACAAAUGAAUGGUCUUUUUCAAAGAGUUAUUUGUAUAAAUGGAGUUAGUUUUGGUCAAAUAUGUUUUUCCUUAUUGAAAAUGGAUCAAAAUGUUUAUGAAUUCACAUAGUCAAGACUUGCAAUAUCAUUUUGUUUAAUUAAAGAUGUGUAAAUGUUGGUUGGUGUGUUAAUAAAAUGUCCUAUGAGUUUACCAAGAA